AUGGAUUCAUCAGAACGAUCAACAGUUAGAAGUGAGCAGAAAUCCAGAAAAUUCUUAAAAAGUCUAAUAAGAAAGCAGCCUCGGGACCUUCUUCUUGUAAUUGGAACUGGGGUAAGUGCUGCAGUCGCACCAGGAAUCCCAGCGCUGUGCUCCUGGAGAAGUUGCAUUGAGGCUGUAAUUGAAGCAGCUGAACAGCUGGAGGUGCUUCAUCCGGGAGAUGUUGCUGAAUUUCGUAAAAAAGUAAUCAAGGAUAGAGACCUGCUUGUGGUUGCACAUGAUCUCAUCAGGAAAAUGUCACCACGUACUGGGGAUACGAAGCCCAACUUCUUCCAGGAUUGCUUAAUGGAGGUGUUUGAUAAUUUAGAACAACACAUUCAGAAUCCAGUUGUUCUGCAAUCAAUCCUGAGACUUAUGGAGAGAGGCACAAUGGUUCUGACUACAAACUAUGAUAAUUUACUUGAAAUAUUUGGUCAGCAACAGGGUAAACCUAUGGAAUCUUUAGACUUGAAAGAUAAGGAUAAGGUUCUUCAGUGGGCAAGAGGUCAUAUAAAAUAUGGAGUUCUUCAUAUUCACGGCUUAUAUACAGAUCCCUGUGGAAUGGUGCUAGAUCCCUCGGGAUAUAAAGAUGUUACUCAAGAUCCUGAAGUCAUGGAAGUUCUUCAAAAUUUGUAUCGAACCAAGUCUUUUUUGUUUUUGGGCUGCGGAGAGACUCUGCGUGAUCAGAUAUUCCAAGCUCUUUUUCUUUAUACUGUAAAGAAUAAAGUGGAUUUAGAACAUUACAUGUUGGUGCUUAAAGAAAAUGAAGACCAUUUUUUUAAGCUUCAGGCAGAUAUGCUGCUGCAUGGAAUAAAAGUAGUGUCCUAUGGGGCCUGCUUUAAACAAUUCCCAGAGUACGUACAAGAUCUGACUGCUCAAAUCUGCAAGCAGAGAAGUCCAGAUGCUGACCGAGUGGACAGCACAACACUGUUGGGAACUUCAUGUGUGGACUGUGCUAAACGGAAGUUAGGAGAAAAUGGCACUGACUCCCCUAAGAGAAUCAAGCAGUCAGAUAAUGGUGCUGUUACUUCACCUACCACUGAAUUGUCUCAGCACUAA